UGGAGCCUCUUAGAAGACACAUUGCAAGCGAAUUUAUAAUCGGUGGCAGUCAUCCUCGCGAUAAGUUUAGGGGUUUGUGAAGCAUAACGGUUAUAAAUACAACCAUUAAACCCUUACAAUCAGUUUUAAUGGGCGAAUACGAUGGACAGAAGUGAGGACGAAUUCCUGUGAUUUUGUUUAUAAUACACGUUCUUGCACUCGAAAAUAAAGAAUACAGCAACCCGCGGAGGUUGCAGUAUCUUGGCCUUUUUUUAAUACGAUCAAAAAUGGUGCUCAAACGUCUCAUACUAGUUGGAAUUUUUUUUGCUAGUCUACUAUUGUCUUCGAAUGCAAAUUACGAGUAUUGUCCCAGCCGUCGAGUUCUCCGUCCUCAGUUCCUGGAGUCAAAUAUCGGAGGAACGCAGUCUCAGUGCAAGUCAUCGAACCGCAAGCAACUUCCACUCCGACCCAAAGAAGUCCAAAGCGGAGCGCUAUCCUUGACGCCUCACAAAAAUGUCAUCUGUCAAAGCUCUGUACAAUACCCUUGUAAAAUAAGCUCGGUAAUUUCAAAGUGCGCAGGAAAUGACGUCUCGAACAAGAUCACAGAAUCUCAGCUCAACACGAUCGUGCUACCAGAAGGUACACCAAUCCCGGUGCCAGAAUUGAAGCUGAUCAUUCGGUCCGCUGAGAACAUUGCCUGCGCAUACGUCAAGUUCACUUGCGGUGAUAAAAUGCCAUACUGCGAAUUCAAGGAGCUGCUAUGUCGGUAUCCAUCCAUGCCUGUCAAGGAACUGACAGUUGUCUUGGGGCCGUACCUUGACGUUUCAUUUUGCGUCUUUGAUGCCGUGAUAAAUUUUUUUGGAUAUUCUUGUUUUCCUUCAAACUCAACCAAAGUUAUGAUAGACGGGGAAAUGUUGCCUUCAGAGCAAGUGAAGAUUCUUCAAGCCAGUUUUUGUAAUUUGAAUGAUGUACAUCUGAUUACGAGCAACCUCCUUUGCGGGCCUUUUGAACUUUAUUACUCAGUCCUUGAAGAGUAUCUUGCCCCCCUUAAAAACUUGACGGUAGUGAGAGUUUUUGAAAAUCUUUUUGUACCCUUUGAUGCGUACAAAAAAGUCAUGAUCCAUUCUGAUUACACUAAUCACUGUAAACGGAAGAUUGACCCUAAGACUGUGAUGCUAAACCUCCGGACAUGUACAGUUGAUGUCGAAACGUUCCUAAAAAUCAACGCAAGCCUCUCCCAGUUGCAAGACGUUACCGUUAUCUUGGAUGCAAACACGGAAGUUCCGUUUACGGUAUUUGACAUGUAUUUAAAUAAAACCAAGCUAAAUGGGUGCAGUCUGACCGUUGAAACCACUGUGGUAUUGCCUGACACAUGUAUUGUGUCACUGUCAACAUUUCUGGACGCCAAAGAAGCUAUUCAUUGUAUUCAGCAACAGUUACAGGAUUGCCGCAAGAAUCAACACGAAUGGUCCUGCAUUACCACCACUACGACGGCUAAUUCCUUACAAACUACCACAUGUAUUACUGAAGCAAUAACCACUAGUGCAACGACGACCGAGAUAACAACAAAUGAGCCACCAUGCACUGAUGCAACGAUCACUGAGGCAACGACCACUGAGGAAAGGACCUCUGAAGUACCCACCACCGGCCCAACGACAUCUACCGUAACUACCUCUGAGGCAACCCCCACCCAGGCAACUACGACCAAGGGAACAACUACUGAGGCAACAAAUACUGAGGCAACCACCACCGAGGCAACUACGACUGAGGCAACCACUACCGAGGCAACAACCACAGAGGCAACAACUACUGAGGCAACGACUACUGAGGCCACAACAACUGAGGCCACAACAACUGAGGCAACAACUACCGAGGCAACCACCACCGAGGCAACCACGACUGAGGCAACCACCACCGAGCCAACAACGACGGAGGCAACAACUACUGAGGCCACAACAACUGAGGCCACAACAACUGAGGCAACAACUACCGAGGAAACCACCACCGAGGCAACCACGACUGAGGCAACCACGACCGAAGCAACAACCACUGAGGCGACCACCACCGAGGCAACCACUACCGAGGCAACCACCUACGAGGCAUCAACCACUAAGACAACAACUACCGAGGCCACAACCACUGAGGCAACCACCACCGAGGCAACAACCACAAAGGCAACCACCACCGAGGCAACCACUACCGAGGCAACCACUACCGAGGCAACCACUACCGAGGCAACCACCUCCGAGGCAUCAACCACUAAGGCAACAACUACCGAGGCCACAACCACUGAAGCCACAACCACUGAGGCAACCGCCACCGAGUCAACCGGCACUGAGUCAACCACGACCGAGACAACUACAACUGAGGCAACCACUUCCGAGGCAUCCACAACCGAGGCAACUACGACUGAGGCAACCACUACCGAGGCAUCCACAACCGAGGCAACUACGACUGAGGCAACCACUACCGAGGCAACCACCACCGAGGCAACAACCACUGAGGCAACCACCACCGAGGCAACAACCACAGAGGCAACAACUACUGAGGCAACAACUUCUGAAUCCACAACAACUGAGGCCAUAACAACUGAGGCAACCACCACCGAGGCAACAACCACAGAGGCAACAACUACUGAGGCAACAACUACUGAGGCAACAACCACUGAGGCCACAACAACUGAGGCCACAACAACUGAGGCCACAACAACUGAGGCCACAACAACUGAGGCAACCACCAUUGAGUCAACCACGACCGAUGCAACUACGACUGAGGCAACCACUACCGAGGCAACCACCACCGAGGCAACAACCACUGAAGCAACAACUACUGAGGCAACAACAACUGAGGCAACCACGACCGUAGCAACCACGACCGAGGCAACAACUACCGAGGCAACCACGACCGAGGCAACCACGACCGAUGCACCUACGACCGAGGCAACUACGACCGAGGCAACCACGACCGAGGCAACCACGACCGAGGCAACCAUGACCGAGGCAACCACCACCGAGGCAACAACCACUGAGGCAACCACCACUGAGGCAACAACCACAGAGGCAACAACUGCUGAGGCAACAACUACUGAGGCCACAACCACUGAGGCAACAACGACUGAGGCAACCACGACCGAAGCAACCACCACGGAGGCAACAACCACUGAGGCAACAACUACUGAGGCAACAACCACAGAGGCAACAACUGCUGAGGCAACAACUACUGAGGCCACAACCACUGAGGCAACAACGACUGAGGCAACCACGACCGAAGCAACCACCACGGAGGCAACAACCACUGAGGCAACAACUACUGAGGCAACAAUCACUGAGGCAACAACUGCUGAGGCAACAACUACUGAGGCCACAACCACUGAGGCAACAACGACUGAGGCAACCACGACCGAAGCAACCACCACGGAGGCAACAACCACUGAGGCAACAACUACAGAGGCAACAACCACUGAGGCAACAACUCCUGAGGCAACAAUCACUGAGGCAACAACGACUGAGGCAACCACGACCGAAGCGACCACCACAGAGGCAACAACUACUGAGGCAACCACCACUGAGGCAACAACCACCGAGGCAACAACCACCGAGGCAACAACCACUGAGGCAACCACCACCGAGGCAACCACUACCGAGGCAACCACCACCGAGGCAACAACCACUGAGGCAACCACCACUGAGGCAACAACCACAGAGGCAACAACUGCUGAGGCAACAACUACUGAGGCCACAACCACUGAGGCAACAACGACUGAGGCAACAACGACUGAGGCAACCACGACCGAAGCAACCACCACAGAGGCAACAACCACUGAGGCAACAACUACUGAGGCAACAACCACUGAGGCAACAACGACUGAGGCAACCACGACCGAAGCGACCACCACAGAGGCAACAACUACUGAGGCGACAACAACUGAGGCAACCACCACUGAGUCAACCACGACUGAGGCAACCACGACCGAAGCAACCACCACCCAGGCAACAACUACCGAGGCAACAACAACCGAGGCAACCACGACCGAGGCAACCACGACCGAGGCAACCACGACGGAGGCAACUACGACUGAGGCAACCACUACCGAGGCAAUUACCACCGAGGCAACAACCACUGAGGCAACCACCACCGAGGCAACCACUACCGAGGCAACCACCACCGAGGCAACAACCACCGAUGCAACAACCACUGAGGCAACCACCACCGAGGCAACCACUACCGAGGCAACCACCACUGAGGCAACAACCACUGAGGCAACAACUACUGAGGCAACAACCACUGAGGCAACAACCACUGAGGCAACAACUACUGAGGCAACAACUACUGAGGCCACAACCACUGAGGCAACAACGACUGAGGCAACCACGACCGAAGCGACCACCACAGAGGCAACAACUACUGAGGCGACAACAACUGAGGCAACCACCACUGAGUCAACCACGACCGAGGCAACCACCACCGAUGCAACAACCACUGAGGCAACCACCACCGAGGCAACAACGACCGAGACAACCACAACCGGGGCAACCACGACCGAGGCAACCACCAGUGAAGCAACCACCACCGAGGCAACCACCACCGAGGCAACCACCACCGAGGCAACAAAGACGGUGGCAACAACUACAGGGGCAACGACCACUAAAGCAUACAAUAUCAAGUAAUAUCACCUAAAGGACAGCUCUGUAUUAAUGCAUUAAGGAACGUGUGAUAUUUGGAGUUUCCUACUGAAAUUGGGAUGGGAACCGGGGGCUCUGUUACGUCAGCCAUAUUUAUUGCUUUCGUCAAGCAAUUGACACUUCUAAUGUCGAGAGUUUUUAAUGUAUACGGUAAAAGUUUCGUACUAUCUUUCCUUCGUCUCCUUCUUUGAAGAAUGAAAGGUAGUUUCGAAAACGAAUGCAUGCUUACUUCAUUAUUACAAAAUUUACGAUACGUUUUAAGUCAUUAUGAGAUACAACACGAUGUGGGUGAAGUUAUCAUUUGCAUGUCUUAUGGGAGCUCCAAUCAUGAAGCUAAUGUUCGUAUGUAUCAUUUAGUGCUGGAAGUAGUGCUCAUUUGAAUGGAAAGUAACUGAGUCUGAGAGAGUGCUCGGUUACCUUGCGAGAAGUGCGGUCUUUGUCAAAUCUACAGAAUAUUUGAUAAAUGGUUGAGUGGACUCCAUGAUUAAAACUGUUUUUUAGCUUUUGGCUGAGGUAUGCCCAUAUAUGGGUGGGUUUAUCCUCCCUCCCCCGCCGCCGCCGCCGCUGCCGCCGCCAAAGAAUAUACGGAAAUUGUUUUACUUGAGAUAUUAUUUUGAAUUAAAGUGUCGUUUCUGAUCAACAAAAAUUUAGGUUUUUUUUUUUUAAAUCAGUGCGGAUUUACAUAUCCAUGUUUUAUGAGCAUUACUUUUUUAAACUUUUUAUAAUUCUUCAAAUAUGCGAUACUUCAAUUUUGCAGAAGUUUUUUAGACUUAAACUUAACGGUAACAAAGCAACGUGUUUCUAAAGAAAAAACACUGACUUUAAUUUAAAUCCGCACGGAUUUACCUGUAAAAAAAAAAAGUUUUGUCGACAAUGGAGAUGUUGCAUGUGUGAGGGAUUUGCA